AUGAAUGCACCAACUAUUGUGAUUACAGAUGCAUCUCCAGUUGGUUUAGGAGCCAUUUUGCUACAGGAACAGACGGAAGGUGAACUCAGACCAGUCGCUUAUGCUAGCCACUCACUAACCGAAACUGAACGCCGUUAUUCACAAGUUGAAAGAGAGGCAUUAGGUUGUGUAUGGGGAAUUGAACAUUUUCAUGUUUACUUAUGGGGACAGAAAUUCAAGGUUAAAGUGGACCAUAAACCAUUAAUAUACAUGUUUGGUCCAAAAGCUAAUUCCCAACUACCAGCUAGAAUACAACGAUUGUCAUGGAGAUUGCUAGGAUAUGACUUUGACAUUGAGCACAUACCAGGAAAACAAAACAUUGCAGACUCAUUGUCACGCCUUCCAUUGACAUGCUCAGACUCGAACACUAUUGCAGAGGACUAUAUUAGACAGGUUGUGCAUAUGUAUACUUCAGAACCUGAUGCAUUGACUAUUGAUGAUUUUAAAAUUGAAACUAAUAAAGACCAUAUUCUAUCAAAUGUAAAUAAUAUUAUGGAGACAGGAAAGUGGCCUAGAUUGGUAACACAUGAACUGAAACCAUAUUAUGUUAACCAAUGUGAAUUAUUUGUUUAUGAUUCUUUGUUAAUAAGGGGAAAUCGUAUAGUAGUACCUUUAAAGUUAAGACAAAGUGUUUUGAGCUUAGCACAUGAAACACAUCAAGGAAUGGUUAGAACCAAACAAGUUCUGCGCGAUAAAUACUAUUGGCCGAAAGUGGAUGCUAAUGUUGAAAGCAAUAUUCGUAACUGUUCUGCUUGCGAAAUUAAUCAAGCGCUGCCUAAAGAUCAACCAUUACAGACCUCAGAAUUACCGUGUAGACCUUGGAGUAAGUUAGGGAUGGAUUUGGUCGGGCCAAUUCAAGGAGAGUAUAUUUUAACAAUUACUGAUUACUACUCUUCCUACCCUGAGGCAAUUAUUGUAAAAGAGAUAACUUCCAAUGUUAUUAUUGAAUGUUUACAAUUGGUAUUCGCAAGAUUUGGAUACCCUGAUGAGGUCUUAACCGAUAAUGGAAAACAGUUUAUAAGUGCCAAAAUUGAGAAAUACUUUAACGCAUGUGGUAUUAAACAUCUACUUGCUUCACCUUAUUACCCUAAAACAAAUGGGGAAAUUGAACGGUUUCAUCGCUACCUUAAGAAAUGUAUCAAAAAUGCCAAAACUAAAG